UCCCCGUCUCACUUUACCACAACAUGUCGCGAGCCCGGGCCGCGGCCGCUCUGCUGCGCUGCUGUAUGUGAGGAGCGACUCGGCGGAUACGGAUUAAAACCGGGAAGUCUCCGCGGAUUUUAGCCCGAGAGGUGAAUCUCCCUCUUUGGAGCUGUUGUUAACUGAGAACUUGCUGUCAUGGCCUCAGUCUUCAGACCAUGCAGAAGUCAGCCCUCCUAAGCUUCACGGCCCCCACGUACGCAUCCUCUCGCACCCUGCCCUACGCCUACACAGGAGGCAGCGUCGGGAUGAUGACCACUUCCCACAUGAACGGCCACGUGAACGACUCGGAGGACCGGCGGGACGGAGGCGGAGGCGUGAGCGAGGGCCUGGACGAACCCCUGCAGUGGCACAGGGAGAUGGCUGUGGACUGUCCGGGUGAUCUGGGCGCCCGCACUCUGCCCGUCCGUCGCAGCGCCCAGUUAGAACGCAUCCGCCAGCAACAGGAGGACCGCAGGAGGAGGGAGGAGGAGGGUCGCACCCGGCAGGAACUGGACCUGAACGCCUCCAUGCGCCUAAAGAAGCUCGCACAGAACCCUAAGGUGGGCAUUGAUAACCCCACCUUUGAGCCCAUUGAGGGUUCCUGGGGGACUCUGGGGCAGCUGCAGGGUUUCAGCGGAGCUCCAAAACUGCUGGAGCUGGAGGAGCUGCUGAUGUCUCUGAAGCAGGUUCAGUACUGUCUAGGAGAUGCCCAGAGUCAAGAGGACGUGGAGCUGGUCCUGCAGCUGGUGCAGAAGUCGGACUUCCAGAAGGCCUUCAACAUCCACAACGCUGUGGCUCUGCACAUGAACCGGCCAAGUCCUCCUUUCCCCCUCACAGAUCGAGCCCAGAGCCUUGCACACGAGGUCCAGACCAUGCUGCACAACAGUUCACAGAAGGAGGGACUGGAACUCAACACACUGCUGAGGAGCCCUCAUGUGCAGGCUUUAAUGCUUGCCCACGACAGUGUGGCAGAGCAGGAGAUGCAGCCAGAGCCCCUCAGUCCUCUCGAUGGCCCAUGCGAGACCCUCACACAGUGGGGGGGUGAGACGGUUAAGAUUGUACGCAUAGAGAAAGCUAAGGACAUCCCACUGGGAGCCACCGUGAGGAACGACAUGGACAGCGUGAUCAUCAGCCGGAUCGUGAAGGGGGGUGCAGCGGAGCGCAGUGGGCUGCUUCACGAAGGGGACGAGGUUUUGGAGAUUAACGGAGUGGAGAUCCGUGGGAAAGAUGUCAAUGAAGUGUUUGAUAUCCUGGCGGAGAUGCACGGCACGCUGACGUUUAUUCUGAUUCCGAGCCAACAGACAAAGCCCCCUCCCAUUAAAGAGACUGUGGUCCAUGUAAAGGCACAUUUUGACUAUGACCCUUCUGAUGACCCAUACGUACCGUGCCGUGAGUUGGGACUUUGCUUCCAAAAAGGGGACAUUCUCCACAUCAUCAGUCAGGACGACCCCAACUGGUGGCAGGCUUAUAGAGACGGAGACGAGGAUAACCAGCCUCUGGCUGGCCUGGUACCAGGCAAGAGCUUCCAGCAGCAAAGAGAAGCCAUGAAACAAACAAUAGAGGAAGAUAAGGAGCCUGAAAAAUCAGGAAAGCUGUGGUGCGCAAAAAAGAACAAAAAGAAGCGGAAGAAGCUGCUAUAUAAUGCAAACAAAAAUGAUGAUUAUGACAACGAGGAGAUUCUUACCUAUGAAGAGAUGGCCCUGUAUCACCAGCCUGCCAAUAGGAAGCGUCCAAUUGCUCUGAUUGGGCCUCCAAACUGUGGACAAAAUGAACUGAGGCAAAGACUUCUGUCUAAUGACCCUGAUCGGUUUGGAGGCGCUGUUCCUCACACCACGAGGAGCCGAAGAGACGGAGAGGUGAACGGCCGCGACUACCACUUUGUGUCUCGUCAGGCGUUUGAGGUGGACGCCGCUGCAGGGAAAUUCAUAGAGUCUGGAGAGUUUGAGAAGAACCUUUACGGCACCAGCACGGACUCAGUGCGGCAGCUCAUCAACAGCGGCAAGAUCUGCCUCUUGUGUUUGCACACUCAGUCCCUGAAGGUUCUGCGAAGCUCGGACCUCAAACCCUACAUCAUCUUCAUCGCACCGCCCUCCCAGGAACGACUGCGUGCUCUCCUAGCUAAAGACAACAAGAACCCAAAGCCAGAGGAGCUGAGGGACAUCAUCGAGAAAGCCAGAGAGAUGGAGCAGAACUUUGGCCACUUGUUUGAUGCUGCCAUAGUGAACACUGACCAGGAGAAGGCUUAUCAGGAACUUGUGCGCCUCAUCGAUAAGCUGGACACCGAGCCUCAGUGGGUUCCUUCGUCCUGGCUACGCUGAGGUGAAUUUUCACAGACACACAAACACGGAGGAAAAAAAAAACGUGAAGAAGCUGUGUGAGAACAUUGCUGUGUGGACUGCGAGACUGGAGACGUCCGAUAGUCAGUCAGUCAUUGGUCGGGACACUUGCUGCGUACUCUUUCUACACUUAACUCUGAUCUAAACACUCGAAUGCUGGACAGAUCGACUCUACACUGUGGAUUUUCCUCCUCGUUGUCUUUUCUCCUUUAUGACUGAGAUGUAAUUUUUGUUUUCCCACAUGAAAUGAGCUACCCACAUUCCGAAGUUAUGUAAGAAAAUGACCAGCACUUGGUAGCAGCAAUAGAGUUUUAGUUCUUCUAUACUGCUUUUUGACUAUUUAUAAUUGUAAAUAUUCACAAUGUAUUUUUAAACGAUGUCAGGGGAAGAUGUGGAAGUGGUUUCUGUAUUUGUGGUCAGAAGGAGAGAAAUAUCUCGCAGAUCAUCAUAUGUCUCUGUCACUGUGGUGUGAGUCUUUGCAGUCGGGCCGUCAGUCAUCCGGAGAAAUAUACAGGAGCUGCUAGCAGUGUAUAAAUCACUCACUAUAGCAUUAGUUUCUUAUUGUUCUUACUGUCAUUCAGGUGGAUCACUUUGUCUCACUUGCAUUAAUAUAUAUAUAGAGCUUCACAACCUAUUGGCGUUGGACCGAUUCUGGGCUUGUUUAGAGGAGAGACUCCUUAAUGCUGGUUUAUGUUCACACAUGAGAACGUUUCCAAACCAUGGAUAGAUUGCACAAUUCCAUAUGUCACUUUUUUUAUGUAGGAUCAUAUCAUGAAAGCAUGAUUGCUGCUUUCAAUUGCUGUCAGUACUCGCACUCACUCCAUAAAUCGGACCUUAUUACACUACAGUACACAUAAAACAAUGUGAUGAUGUAGCUGAAUAACACUAGGGCUGGAGAUAUACCUGCUGGUAAUAAGUAAGGGUUUGCAUACGCACAAUGGCUGCUUCAUGUAACUUGCGUACAUUUGGCUGUGUCACACAGAAACGCUAGGGGGCAGUGCAGCACUCACCGUAAUCAACAUGACUGACAGCAGAGCAGGUUUAAUGCAUGGAGAGCCCACCCACUUCCUGUUUCCACUUCCUGUUCAUAAUAUUAGAAAUGACUGCAAGCCAUUAGAGGGAGCCAGUGGGUACUCAAUGAAGGGGGUGUAAAUGGACCUUAAUGGCUUAAAAACUUUACUUUUAUAAUAGUGUCUAAGUACUUGUCCAUGAUUUUCCUUUAUGUUUGGAAAGUACAAUAAAAAUAUUUUACAAAAAAAGAGGAAAGAAACCUAUAGAAACAGUAUAGAAAUAGUUUUUCUAGAGUUUUUGGAUCAUAGAUUCAAUAGUUGAUCGCUGAGCUAAUUGUGGAGUUACAGCCUAUUCUAUCUUUUAGUAUAAAAUGGUCAAACAUUUAUAAAGACUUUUUCCAAACUGUUCCAUAUGAACCCAUUCAUUUUGGAUUAACACAAGAGUGCCCUCUAGUGUCUGACAGGCUCAGAUCAUAUACUUAAGUGUGCUCUCCUUUUUACUCUUCAUCCUCUGCAGAAAGUUAAAAUAUAUAUGUCUGCUUGCUCCUGUCUGAUGUGUGUGUUCUGUCUGAUCGCUGUGGUGAGUGGAGCCCUCUAGUGGGAGCCUCCAGUAACACACAGGAACGUACAGGAACCGUUCCGUAUUACAUGUUCACAGCACAGCUGCUGGUUGUCUGUGUGAAUGCCUUGACGAAAAACAGGUAUGUUUCUAGCCUAACCCUAAAGCUCCUGUUCUCACAGAGAAAGGAUGAGCGUUAGCGUGACCCGACCCCUGGCACAGCCUUCUUGUUCCUGGGAACCGACACUGUGACUGAGUAACUAGACUGUGUGUGUUUAGUUAAUGUUAAAGCUGUUUGAUUUAUUGUUGUUUUUUUCUCGUGUGUGUGAGUGAGUGUGUGUGUGUUUACAGUGUGAGUCUACAGUGCUUUCUUUCUCAGUAUUCACGUGCACUUCCAGCACUCAGAAGUGUGACCAGUAUUGUAAACAGUAUUUCAGAGCAAUACGGCGCGGUUCACCUACUGAGCAUAACCAGCCUAGUCUUAGGUCUUGUUUUUUGUUUGUUUAUUUUUUUGACGCUUAAUUUAAAAGUGAUGUCUGUACCCUUUCUUUCCAUGUUUAUGUGAGAUGGAAGUCUGCUUUCUAUGCUGUGUGUGAAUCUGGAUCUUCUCUUGAGUAGGGCUGCAACUAGUUAUUUUAGUCGUUAAUUAAUCUGAUGGUAAUUUUGCCAUUCUGCCAUGCCCUCUAUUACUUUAAGGCCAAUUUAUACUUCUGCGUUGAACCUAUGGAUAUGCACAAACCCUAUGCUGUUGUGCACCCCUUCAGCAUACAGCAGCAGCUGUGAUUGGUCCACUGAGCUGAGCCUAUUGCGUCACAUCAAUGUCAAAAGUCAGGGGCGCAAAAAUAACAGGUGAAUGGUGUGCUCGCAGAAGAAAAUGUUGCUCUCGAGCUUCAUUUUUAUCUUCUCUGGUGCUUUUUUUCCUCGCGUGCUGUGUGAAUUACCUGCAGCAGCAGUUUUUUGCGCUCGAGUUUUGAAAGGGGUGGUUUUGACAGUUUGGGGGCCGGGCCAGGGUCGCCUCCCUCAGCGAACACUAUUGGCUGAUGUCUCCAGGGUUCGUGAUGGACCGCCUACCUCCACGAGCCAGUGAGGGGCGGGGACAGAAGGAUGGCAGGAGAGUUAGCUAGCUGGCUAUGCUAACAUCUCCGGCCUGCCAGCUCUGUCUGCCCGGGGUUACUGCCCGGAGCGUCCCGCUCUGUCUACCCGGGUUAAGUGCCCAGAGCGACCCGCUCUGUCUGCCCGGUCUGGUCACUACAGCACUGGUCACUACAAGCACCCGAGAGGAGAAAAAUUAAGCUCGAGAGCAACAUUUUCUUUAGCGCGCACGAUUCCCUUUUUUUUGCUCGCUAGUUUCUCAUUUGUGCUCACGAAAAGUAAAUUUACACACGCAAAAUGUUAAAACACUGGUUUAUUUUUUACCUGUUCUUUUUGCGCCCCCGACUUGUAUUUUUGGGUCCUCGACUUUUGACAUUGAUGUGACGCCAUAUGAGCCGCACACACAUUCCCGCCUUCACGGGACGCACAAACGCAGAAGUUCAAAUUUAGGCAGCUGCAUUGGGAGCUCACACAGGCUACACGGUAUGCAACGCAUUGACUAGACGCAGAAGCAUAAAUCAUCCUUUACAACGAGAGAAAGAGCUGGCAUCAUUCAACGCCGCUAAUGUUGCAUUAGCAAGCCAGUGACCAGGCUCAUCCAACAGCCUGCCUAGUCAAUAGGCAGAUCCCUAGGUCUUUAAGCCCCUCCCUAUGAACUGUUUUGUGGCUCCAAGCAUUUGAGUCGAUCAUUGGUUGCAGCUCUACUCUUGAGUGCAGGGUUGUUGUGUGUGAAUCUGUGAGGAGCUCGAAACAUGUGCUUCCUCGCAGCGUCUGUGAGAUCAAACAGAAACUCACUCAGAGCUAAAGAUCUGAAUCUCGAGAUUUAAUCCCUGUUUAUCUGUGUGAAUGCAUGACCUGUGCAUCUUUCUCUGUAGAGUAACAGAGUGUGCUGAAGAUUCUGUAACUCGAUUAUCGAUUCUGAUCGGCAGAAUUAUGUUUCAUGGAUUGAUUUGUUUAUAUUUGUGAGUUUAAAUGAAGCCGGGUUGAAGGAAAUAUACCGUCACUGGAAUGCAGAUUGCAGGCACGCGUUAUCUCCUGUGACUUAUGCGCACACACUGGAAACAGCUUUAUUGACUUUUUAUUCUGAAUUAAUAAAUCACUCUGUAUUUUUGAAAAUUACAUUUUUAUGUAUAGAUGUGAAAUAGAUCAUCCACACAAAGUACCCACCGUAGCUUAGCUUUACUCCAUGUUGUUGGUCCGUGUUUUGCGCUGAUUCUAGCCGGACUGCAGACAGACGACGUGUGACCUAAUGACAUGCCAAUUAACUGGUAGUUAAACUAAUGAAUGUAAUAAUCACUUCUGUCUGAGAAACUGUUUUUGUAUGAAGUAUAUACAUGUGAUUUAUUAAAAUCCAGAUUGAUAGAG